AUCCCCUCGGCUGCUAGAGGAAUCUUUGGUAUCGUUACGACGGGAGUUCACAUGAACAUGUUCACCAUAAGAGGAGGCGGCAUCUAUGUGUGGGUUUCGCGACGCUCUCAAAAUGUCACAUAUGCCGGAAAGCUUGACCAGCUUGUUGCUGGAGCGAUGGAUCCGGAAGACAACAUGGACCCUCUGGUGACGCUGCAACGUGAAGCUAUGGAAGAGGCAGGGCUUGCUGUUGACAUUCACACGAAAAUGGUUACUUGGAGGGGUAUCUAUGUCGGCAGAGCCGCUGGCGGGUCUCUGAUUUCAUUCUAUGAUCAGAAAGACCACAUUGCCGGCAGUGAGGAGGGCCACAUUGAGCCUGGUAUCCGAUACACCUAUGACCUCGAAGUCAGCCCUGGGUUUGUCCCGUACCCAGAGGAGCCAGAGUCGAUUGAUGGGUUUGUACUGAAGCCCGUGGAGGAGGUGAAGCGUGACUUGAAGAAUGCAGAGUGGAAGCCCAACUGUGGACUCGUGAUGCUGGAUUUCUUGCUUCGGAAGGGUGUGAUUAGGGAGGAGGAUGACGUAAAGUUUGGAAUGCUUAGACGCGGCCUUUACAGGAACCUGCCACUUCGGAUU